CAGUUCGUCGGCGCGAUUUCACCUGAGUCGUUCUUCCAAUUUGGUGCGCUCUUCUGCUCUGUCGGCGUCUAUCGGUGCGCGAAUUCGCUCAAGUGUUUAAUCCGACGCGUGGAUUAACUUCGUAGUUACCAAAGAAAAUAAGCUAAUUGUGAUUAAUCAUGACUUUGGUGCAACCUAAUGCUGAUAUGCAGGUCCUCAUCAGGAAGGAGCUCUGCGAGGAUGUUAAUACGCGGGACAGCGAUCUUGCCCACAUCAAGGAAUGGUUGGCCAAACAACCUCAUCUGCCUGAUACUUGGGAUGAGGACCGCAUGAUGACCUUUUUGCGAGGCUGCAAAUUCUCGUUGGAGAAAUGCAAAAAGAAGCUGGACAUGUAUUUCACCAUGCGAACUGCCUGCCCAGAGCUGUUCACCAAUCGCGACAUCACCAGACCCGAACUUCAGGAGAUCAUCAAAUACGUAAACCUGCCUCCAUUACCAGGUCUAACCUCAAAUGGCCGUCGUGUGGUGGUAUUGCGUGGCUUGGACAAAACCAUCACUUCGCCAUCGAUUUUCGAUGCGAUGAAGAUUGUUCUAAUGAUUGGUGAUGUGCGUUUGGCGGCCGAGGAAACAGGCGUAGCCGGCGACGUUUAUAUUCUCGACGCAAGCAUCAUCACCCCGGCACAUUUUGCCAAGAUCACACCGGCGAUUGCCAAGAAGUUCCUAGUUAUUGUACAGGAAGCUUAUCCCGUUAAACUAAAGGAGGUGCACGUGAUCAAUAUCUCACCAAUCAUUGAUACUAUCAUCAACUGGGCCAAACCGUUCCUCACCGAAAAGAUCCGCAAUCGUAUCCAUGUGCACUCUGACCUUGAUUCACUGCACAAGAUGGUACCAAAGGACAUUCUUCCUGAAGAAUACGGUGGUACUGCUGGACCUUGUCAAAAAUUCCAUGAUGAGUGGAUGAAGAAGUUGGAAGAAAUGAAUCCAUGGUUCAAAGAGCAAGAAAGUAUCAAGGCGGAUGAAUCGAAACGUCCUGGAAAGCCGACUAAUUAUGAUGAUCUAUUUGGUUUGGACGGCAGUUUCAGACAGCUUGCCAUCGACUGAGCUGCGUUCAUGUCGUUUUUCUCUUCCACGGAAAUCUAAUCCGAUUUGCACCCAAUCAUCACAAGCGUAUUUGUUCACUUUCAUCACAGAUAUUCACGUAAUUACUCUUAAGUAUACCGAUUAAUUUGCCACUAAGAUUAAUCACAUCAUUAGUUAUCUAUUAUCUAUUUUGUAUUGUUUUCUUGUUACGCCUAAGCUUGUUUAGUCGUGCUUUAGAAGUUUCUAACAAGUUGUAAGGAUCUUUGAAAACCACUUAUCGCUACUAUAGUAUAGUUGUUUUUGUUUUGUUAAAUUUUGUUUCUUACUUAUCGAAUUUUUAAUAUUGUCGAAAUUUAUACAUAAAAUUAAUAAAUGUUCUUAUAUUGAAA